AUGCAUAUACUCAAAGAAGACCUCGGAAUAUCAGCUAAACCACUCAAGGUGCAGUUUGACAAGUUAGUUCUCCAGCCGCUGCUAGGCUUGGAGGAAUCGAAUUUUCCCAUCCAAACCUUGGUGGUUGCGGUUGAUGCACUAGAUAAAUGCGAAAGCGACGACGAUAUACGCGUUAUUCUACAUUUAAUACCACAACUAAAGCAAAUACGCCCGGUUCACCUGCGCAUCUUCGUUACCAGUCGACCUGAGCUAGCUAUACGGCUAGGCUUCCAAGAGGAAGUCGAAGAUGACCACCAAGACUUCAUUCUUCACCAGGUCCCCAGCCAUAUCAUCAAGGAAGAUAUUUCUUUGUUCCUGGAGCACAGGCUUGGUAGGAUUCGGAAGAAGCGGUAUCUCCCACCAGGCUGGCCAGGAGGCACCAACACCCAGAUGCUUAUCACAAUGUCAGUGCCUUUAUUCAUUUUUGCCGUCACAAUCUGUCGUAUUCUUCUAGAUUACCAAUGGGACCCAGAUGAUAGUCUCGCAGAAAUCCUCAUUCAUCACACUGACAUCUCACAAUUGAAUGGAACAUACCUUCCGGUACUGGAUCGCCUCCUGGUCGCACGCGAUGGGUCAAAGAAGGUGCAAUUAAUUGAGGAAUAUCGGACAGUCCUUGGGACAAUAAUCCUUCUUGAAAGUCCACUCUCACUCAAUGCCCUUGCAACUCUCCUUGGGGUCCAAAAGCAUUUUCUUCAUAUCAGGCUGAAUUCCCUUCACUCAAUUCUCGACGUACCACAUAAUGAGACGACACCAAUAAGGCUUUUUCAUAUAUCAUUACGUGACUGCCUUCUUAACGCCGACACACGUGAGCGCACGCCAUUAUGGAUUGAUCAGAAGGAAAUAAACCAGAAACUGACAUCCCGUUGCCUUCAUAUCAUGCAACAGAAACUGAAGAAGAACAUGUGCAAUCUUCAAAGCUAUGGCGUAGAACGCACGACUAUCAACAGCCAGUGUAUGAGUGACCAUUUGCCACCGGAGCUGCAGUACUCGUGUCGCUAUUGGAUCCACCACCUAGCGGGAAGCAGAUAUCCUAGGAGCCAGAUUGAUGUUAUUGCUGCAUUUCUCGAUGCUCAUCUUCUUCAUUGGGUGGAAGUGAUGAGCAUAUUGGGAAUUGUCUCGGAAGUUCUGGGGAACAUCCGUACAUUACAAUCAGUAACUCAAAACUCCGAGAUAUCUAAAUUUCUACAUGAUGCGGAGCGGUUUGUUUUGAAGAACAGCCAGAUAGCCGAUAUUACUCCUCUUCAGAUCUACGCUUCCGGCCUACUGUUUGCACCAGCGAGGUCAAUAGUUAGGCGAAAAUUCGGAAAGGACUCUCCUGGUUGGGCGGAUGGAUACCCAAGGGUCGAGGAGACUUGGAGCCCGGAACUACAGACUCUGGAAGGUCAUUCUAAAUCGGUUCUGUCUAUUGCCUUCUCACCCGACGGCCAGGACCUGGCGUCUGCUUCUAAUGACACCACCAUCAAGGUCUGGGACUCUGCCACUGGCCAUUUAAAGCAGACUCUUAAUAGCCACUCUGUUUCCGUUCUAUCAGUUGCCUUCUCACCCGACGGCAAGCGCUUGGUAUCUACUAGUGAUGGGACUAUUAAGAUUUGGGAUUCUGCUACUGGAUAUCUAAAACAGUCUUUUAAAUGCUAUCCUGGUCCGGUUCAGUCAGCCGCCUUCUCACCUGAUGGCCACCGGCUGGCGUCCACUUCCUAUGACAGAACUAUCAAAAUCUGGGAUUCUAUUACUGGAAAUUUACAGCAGACUAUUAGUGCCCAUUAUGGUCUGGUUGAGUCAGUUGUCUUCUCGCCUAACGGCCAACAGCUGGCCUCCGCUUCCGAUGAUAGAACUAUCAAGAUCUGGGAUUCUGCUACUGGAACUCUGCAGCAGACUCUCAAUGGCCACCUUAAUUGGGUUUGGUCAGCGACGUUCUCCCUUGACGGCCAACGGCUGGCGUCCGCCUCCAGUGACAGAACUAUUAAAAUCUGGGAUCCUGUAACUGGGAAUUUAGAACAGACCCUCGGGGGCCACUCUGGUCCAGUUUGGUCAGUUGCCUUCUCACCUGAUGGCCAACUGCUAGCGUCCACUUCCUAUGACGGAACCAUCAAGAUCUGGUAUCCUAAUACUGGAGUACUGAAGCAGACUCUUAAAGGCCACUCUAAUUCAGUUGUAUCAAUAACCUUCCGACCUGACGGCCAACAGCUGGCAUCCGCUUCCCAUGAUCGAACCAUUAAAAUCUGGGAUCCUGAUACUGACGAUAUGAAGUAUACCCAUGAAGGCCAUUCCGGCCCGGUUCGAUUAUUCGCGUUUUCACCUGACGGUCAACGGCUGGCGUCUGUUUCUUCCAAUGACCCAACCAUCAAAAUAUGGGAUUCCGACACUGGAGGUCUGAUGUAUACAAUACAUACUGAGCGUGUUGCAACCAGCGUUAGAUUCUCUAUUAACAGUCCGCACCUCAUAACUAAUGUGGGAAAUUUCAAUAUUGCCCAGUUCUAUGAGAUCAGCUUUCUAAGUUCCCAAGAAACCUCCCCUGAGAUUUCUAUCAUACAAGCAGGCCAGUGGGUGACCAUACGGGGUAUGAAAGAGCUAUGGCUUCCCCAAGAAUAUCGCCGGCGUUCGGCAAUUAAGAACGGUGCUGUGGCACUGGGACUCAGGAGUGGAAGGGUAUCCGUGAUCAAAUUCCGCGAUUGA